AUGGAUUCUGAAGAAAUCGUGUGUGUACAUGUGAACCUGAAGUUUUUAAUUUUCAAGAGCAUAGAAAAGAAUGAUAAUUGUUUAUGCGAUAAUUUUAUCAUAAACUUGGCGGAUAUAAAUGACAUCGAGUCAGACAACAAGUCGAAGGAAUAUUUUAUUAAAAAGUUUCAUAAAAUUUUAAAAAAAAAAAAGAGAAAUGAAUAUGAGUGUAUACUGAAUGGAACUAUAACAGAAAUUGCAAUUUUUUUAUUUCAGCAUAUAGAGUUGUAUAUACAGAUUAGCAAAAUCGAGUAUGACAUAGAUGGCCAGAAUGGUGAUCGUGGCAAGUGGGAAAAGGAAGCUGGAGAAAGUGUAGAAGAAGGCGUGGAAGAAGUCGUAGAAGAAGACGUGGAAAAAGUGACAGAAGAAGAGGUGGAAGAAGAAAAAAAGUAUCGCUCCCCAUUUAGUAAGACGAGGAGAGGAAAAAAUACUAAAUUGGGAAAAAAUAAAAUUCACUUGCUAAAAAGUGUAGACGUAUUAGAUGACAACAUCAAUUUCGAAAAUGGAAAAAUUUAUUUCAAAUGUUUAUUCAAAGAUCUGAUAAACGAUUUUGAAUUUGUACACAAGAGAAAGUAUGAGAAUAUUAGCAACUUUUACGUUAGUAAUGAUUUUAUAUUUUCUAUAACGGUCAAGUUUGAGGAGUGCAUGAUAGAGAAAAGGGACCUAGAGGAAAAGAAAAAUAUGAAUCCAGUAAAAGAUAGGUACACUCAUGAGAAUGAUGAUUUUCAUUAUAACCAUCAGGAUUAUCAUCACUAUGCACACUUGGAUAAGCAUCAAUAUAAGUAUUGGCAUCUAGUGAACUUAUUCCAUAUGACCAAUUUAUUCUAUUUGUAUAUUAGCUUCGACUCCUAUGGGAAUAAUUUUUUUCAUGAAAAUUGUGUAGAAGUGACUGUUGGGGACAUGGCUCAAAGUGUAUCUGAAAAGGUUCAUAUGGAUGAUAGUAUGAAUCCGAUUUCGAAGAAUCCAAACGAAUCUGUUUAUUCUCCCUCGUGUUUAGCAUCAAAUGAUGAAGAUGUAGACAAUCAUCAUUUAAAUGAGGAAAAUAAUCGCAUUGUGAGUGAUCUACCUAUUUCUAAAAACAAAAAUUCAAUCGGAUGCCACUUUUCUUUAACCCUAAUCGAUAGAAUGGAAGAACUAUACGAUUAUUUCUGCAUCAAUGAUAUACACAUAAUAUUUAACAAAACCAAACUUUAUGUCGAGAAGAAGGGGGGGGCCUUAUUUUCACGACAUAAAAAAGAUGGCGAGAAUUGGACUUGUUACAAAGACAUGAAAAAAAUAACAUAUCACUUAAAUACAUUAUGUGAAGAUAAGCCAAGUUUAAAAUUUCAAGCUACAAUUAUGUCCAUUUUUUUAUGUUCUCAUGCUGAGGCUUCUAUUGGCAAGUUUGCGAAUCCGGUGAGAUGGAGGGGUGGUGAUUCCUGCAGAAGUGAAUCAGACAAUGUCGACAGAAGUAGCGAUAGAGGAAGAUGCAGGAACCGUGGUGGUAACGUGCAUUACAAGAAUAAGGACCCAUAUCCCAAAUGCAGCAAGACAUCCAGUUGGGACGUGAAAAUUAUUCAGAAUAAGAACAAGUUCAACACUGUUAUCAUGGAAAAGUUCUUAACAUGGAAUUUUUUUCUCUCCGUCCAGAGUUGUCACAUUCUGGAACUAAGUAACAUUUACGCAGAGAAGAGAAAGACAAAGCAGAAUGAUUUUUUUGUGAAAAUUGAAUCAGGUUUUCUCCAGCAUCGAUUCAUAUCCCCAUUUUACGUCUUCCAGGAAAGUAAGCAGAUCGAAUUGAAAAAUUGCCACGUGAGCCAAGAUUUCCAAUGGAAAGACGGGAAAAGUCUAUGUACACACCUUGAAAACGAAGUUAUACACUUCGAGUUAUCCUUACGGGAAGUGCAAAAGGAUGAGGGAGAAUUUCAAAGUGAUAUUAACAAAGACAAGUGCAGCGGAAUAAACAUAGGGUUAGGAGAAUUAUCCCUAAAAGAUUUAACGAAAGAAUUAAAAUCCAUAAUGAUGAAGGAAGAAGAGGAAGGACCAAUCCAGACGUAUUACAAGUUUGACUAUUGCAUUCCACUUUACCUGAAUGUUUUUAAGGAAAAAUAUUUGACAUCAGAAUUGAAUAUAAGCAUAUAUUUAAGUAAGCAUGAGGGAAAAAUUGAAAAUGAAAGGGAACUCAAAUUGGUAAGAAGAAAUAUAUCCCUGCUGGAAGAAGAAAAUCUUACUGAUGGACGAGGCUUGAACAAAAUCCAUAAGACAAAUGACAUAACUACUGAGGCAAUGAACAAAAGAAUUAACUACACAAACAAUGGAUUGAACAGUAUCCCAAGGAACAUAUAUGAAUUUAAGUUAUGGAAAGAAGAAGAAGAAAAACGCAUGGGUGAAGUUUUAAAAAAAAAAGAAAAGAAUAUUAUGAGAAAAUUGAUAAAAAAAUAUGAAUUUAUGGAAAGAGAAAGAAAAAACGAAUUUGAAAUAAAAAAAAAUGAAUUAAAAGAAAUUGUAAUAAAAAUAAAAGAAGAACAAAUAAAUAUAAAAAAGAAUGAAAAUGUGAUAAAAUUAAAAGACAAGGAAUUAAAUGAUGAAAUUUAUCUAUUAGAAAAAAAAUUAAAAAAAAUAAAAUAUGCUUUUGAAAAAUCAUUAUAUGUAUUUAAGCGAAAUUUAAGGAAAAAUAAUUUAAGUGCACAAAUGAUAAAGGAAUAUGAUGAAUUAAUAUCAAACUACAAAAAUGUUCUCGCUCAAAUGAAAAUUUUAAAGAAAGAAAAUCAAGAAAUGAAAUCUAUUCUUAGCAAGUACAACAAUAAGGAUAAUGCUAUUAUAAGCAACUCCUAUUUUGAAGCAUUGAAAAUUGAGCUCAAGAGGUUGAAACAUUUUUACAAACAAACGGUUGAAGCGGAAAAGCGGGGGGACGCACACAAGGGAGACACACACAAGAUUUACAUAAAAAGUGUUCGAAAGAAUAGAAAUAAAAUUACCCAAUUGAUUACGAGCAUAAUUCCACAGAUUGAGUAUAUUUACGAUUUAACAAAUGAUGAUUUGCUUGAGGAGAAAUUUAGAUCCAUUUUGCGCGACCUUCAACAGGUGAAUUUUAUUCUGAAGGGAGAGUCAAAGGAACUUGAACAAGGAUUCCCAGAUGAAUGUCAUGAUGACACAUGUGAUGAAUUAUAUCUUAAUGCACAGGACGAUUUACAUCCCAACAAUUCACUAAAUAAGUAUUGGGAAAAAGAACAGACUGAACAGAAGAAUAAACUAACGAACCUAGUGUACACAAAGGAUAAGGGAUCACACGGAAAGGAUCUUCCAACUUCAAGUAAAGUAAAAAAUUUGAUCAAAAAUAAUAACCUACCUAAGGGGAAAAAGUCCCUACCUUAUUACACUCAAAGGGUGGUACCAGCGCGGGGUGCUAGAAAAGACAAGGGUGGAAAAGUUGGUGGGAUUAUUCCUCCUAUUGUAAGCGAAAAAAUCAAGGGUGUAAGAGAAAAGCUUGACAAAAUUACUACAAAUGAAAAAAGUCAAAAAAGAGAUGAUUCUUAUUGUAUCCCCAAAAUGGAAGGGUUUAAGAAAAGGGAAAAAACAAAUAAUAAUACAAAAAUUGCUGAUAAUUUAAAAAGUGAAAUAAACCGAUUAAUCGAAACAGGAAUAUAUAACGAGGAUGAUACAAUUAUAAAAAAUAUGAAAAAAAAAUUGAAUGCGCUGCUUUGA